AGCAUGACUUCUCUGUGAGUGUUCAAAAGUAAACUUUUGCAUUAGUUAGUUGUAGUUAGUUGAUAUAAACUAUAGCUGAACAGCUGUCUGUGUUAUAUAACAAGGUGUUUUUGGAUUAAAUGUGUCGUGUUGUUGUGUGAUGAUCGUAUAAUAGGCAACAAUCAGUGUGGACGAAUACCAUGCGUUUCUGAACAACAUGGUUACACUCCAUAUUGUUCCCAGUAACAUAAAAUACUGUUAAAUAUUGUGAGUGUUGCAUUUAAUAGAGUAGCAGACCAGCAAGGAUGGAUAAACAUGCCGCACCGUUGUCAAAUAACCCUCAAUCAGGGGAUGACAUUUGUACUAAAGCCGAUAGCGGAGCAUCUUACGCACAUGCUGUUGCCAAGGCACAAACCGCUUUAAAUGUAAACACCACAAUUAAAGAAACGGCCCCAUCCACGGAAUGUGGCCUGUCACCCAAGCCCAAAAAAUCACCGACCCAACCGGCCGUCGAAAAACCACAAGAAACGCCCGAAACCGACGACGACAGCUCGUUCACCCCCGUCGUCAGUCACAGUCGCAAGGAGCGCAAAAACGAGCGCCACAAGAAAGACAAGAAGCACCCGGUCAACGGUUUUCACGAGAAGCCCGAGAAGCAUGACAAACACGAGCGCAAGGAGAAGGAGCCAAAGGAAUCAAAGGAGCCGGCAGCUACCGCCACCUCUGCCACCGAAGAGUCCACUGGUGAAAACAAGAAGGUGUUCGUUGAAGCGCCCAUACCCAAAGUCAACCCUUGGCAGUUGAAAAACGCCAACCCCAAUGUGGCCCCAGUCGUUGCCAAAGAACCCCAAGCUGAGAAACCGCAGCCCAAGAAACAGGCGGCGGUGGCGGCGGCUCCGGCGCCGACCACCAAUGGACCUCAGCUUCCGUCAGGAAUUGUUAAGGCACCCAAAGACAAGCGAAGAUAUAAUCAAAAGGCUAGUGAUUUUAGUGAUAUAUGUGAUUGGCCGACAUUAGGAGAUCACACUGAGCCGGCGACAUCCCGAAGAUCGAACAGCCCCACGGCGGCGUCGGUGGCGGCGCCCUCCAACUCCAAAACGGACAAGCCUCAGCCCGCGCAGGAGGACCAUGACAACGACAAGGACAAGAAGCGCAACGCGAAGCACAAGUGGGUGCCGCUGGAGAUCGACCUGAAGGCGAAGGGCGAGAACCAUCGUCGCAGGAACGACAGGAGCCACGACGUGCAGUCGACGGUCAGCGACGGCGACAGGGACUGGCGGGCCGAGUCGCUGAACAGCUACAACCACAACAGCGGCCGGAACGGGAACCCGAGACCGGCGUCGGCGGCGCCCAGGGGCAGGGGGCGGGCGCGCGGCGGUCGCAGGGGACCGUUCUCGAGACAGCCGAGGACGCCGAACGACACCGACUUGGGCGACGGCCCGGACUUUGGGCAGCUAAAACAUAAUUCAAACCUAGAGAACCAGAAAUUCGUUCUACCAUACAUGGGAACGUAUUACUUUAACAGUUUGAAUUACCUCAACUUAGACGUUCCAACCCUCAAGGAAUACAUCAGAAAUCAAAUCGAGUACUACUUCAGCGAAGACAACUUGUCCAGAGAUUUCUUCUUGAGGAGAAAGAUGGAUCCCGACGGUUAUCUUCCCGUCACGUUGAUCGCGUCGUUCCACAGAGUGCAAGCUCUGACUGCCAACCUGCAGCUGAUAGUGGAGGCGAUAAGCACGUCAGACAAAAUUGAACUUACGCCCGACUACAAGGUCAGAGCGAAGCACGAACCGAAAAAGUGGCCCAUUCUAGACCACAGCUCGGACAAGGAACAGGAAAUCAUCUCUCACCUGGUACCACCACCACCGUUGCCGAGGCGACUACGCGAGCAAACAGUUGACAAUCUCAACCCGGACGUAGCCGAGUUCGUGCCACUCGACAUCGACCACAACAAGAACAUCAACAACAACAAGGUGAACAGUUCGAAUCCGAAUGGCAACGUUGAAGUCGAAACCAAGAAUGACAAAAAAGAGGCUGAGGAAAACUGGAAGGAGGUCAAGAGAAAAAACAAGGAGAACAAGGCCAAGAAGGAGGACAAGAAGAAAGACAGCUUCGAACGGGAGGAUCUGGAGUUCCAUUUCGACGAGGAACUGGACCAGGACGUUCCGACUGGAAGGCAGAACACCUUCUCCAAUGAUUGGCUUGAAGACGAUUCUGACGAGCUAAGUGACAGAGACGUCAACAAGUUGCUUAUUGUGACUCAGGCGCCCUCAUUCCGUGUGCCAAAACACGAAGGUUACGAUCGCACCGGCGACUGGACGACACGUGUCAAAAUGACACAGGAUCUCGAACAGGCUAUUAAUGACGGACUGUUCUACUACGAAGAGGACCUGUGGAUCGAGUCUGAUGACCACCGUUCUGGCUCCUACGGCAGCUACAAAACGGUGAACGUCAUCAGUCAAGAAGAUUUCCAGAAGAUGGCACCGCCAGCGCCGAAAAAACAAAAUCCUGAGGUGCCACCGGCGCCGCCACCGGUCAUCGAUACUGCCAACCAGAGGCUGCAGGAUCAGCCCUCGGGCAGCAGAAACAGGAGGAACCAGCAUCGCGAUCAAAUACACAGGAAGGUGCCUCGUUUCUACGCCGUGGUUAAGGAUCAACAAGAGCCGGAUCCUUUGACACCCAGGAAACGCAAGACUAAGCACUCGAGCAAUCCUCCGGUUGAGCAUCACGUUGGAUGGAUCAUGGACGUCAGAGAGCAUCGUACCAGGACAACGUCAGCCAAUAGCAGCUAUGGAACUAGUCCUAGCGAGAAUCAUUUAGGCACCAGUUACGGAAGUGUUCCUCAGGCUUUGCCCACGUUCCAACAUCCCUCACACGCACUGCUAAAGGACAACAACUUCACCCAACAGGCUUACCACAAAUUCAGACAGAAAUGCCUAAAGGAAAGGAAACGCUUCGGCAUCGGUCAAUCGAACGAAAUGAACACGCUGUUCCGCUUCUGGUCGUUCUUCUUGCGUGAGAACUUCAACCGCACCAUGUACAACGAAUUCAAGAGCCUGGCCUUGGAAGAUGCGGCGAUCGGCUUCCGCUACGGUCUCGAAUGCCUCUUCCGUUUCUACUCGUACGGCUUGGAGGUCAAGUUCAGGCCGCAGCUCUACGACGACUUCCAGGAGGAGACGAUCAAGGACUACGAGAACGGACAGCUUUACGGCUUGGAGAAGUUCUGGGCCUUCCAGAAGUACUACAAGUUCAGCAGCAACCUACAGGUCAACGCUAAGCUCAAGCAGUACGUGAACAGAUUCAAGACCAUCGAGGACUUUAGGGUAGUGGAGCCGUGCAUCAAUAAGCAGAAGAGGAACCGCAGCUACUCCGAAAGUCAGACCGGCCGACACGAUGAACCUCACAACAGGAGAUCUUCGAUAGUGCACCACAGAAAUAGUCAUGCUGUUAGGCAAUCUGACACGCCUCAGCCAGGCACAAGUGCACCUUCUGGCACCGGUUUCAAGUACGCAGGCGCACCAAUCCAGUCCAGAUCUAGGACUCAGUCAUUUGGGUCUGGCAGGCCAAAGGCCAAUCAGCGUUCCAGGAACGAUUCAUGGAGGGCAAAACCCGCCGAAUCCAAUGUCACAAUCUCUAUCACAACUGCAGGUAAAAGUGAAUCUGGAUCUGGAACAACAGUUUAAAAUCCUCAAUAAUUCCACGUUAUUGUGUUCUGAAACUUUUGUAAAGCAAAAUAAAGCUUUCUCUCCCCCACAACAGACUGAAGGUUUUUGAUUUACUAAAAAAACAUAACUUUACGUCAUCUGUGUUAUUCACAUUUUCUAAUGAAAGAUGUAAAUGUAAAAAAUGUAUAAAUUUGUAAGUAGUUGCAGUUAUUGUUAUAUAUUCGGUGCCAUUGCCUUAAAUAUUUACAUAGUUUUUCAUAUUUUUCUAGAUAAACGUAUGAAUAGUGACAGAAAAAACAGGCUACAGACCGUAUCGGUUUGCAGAUCAUUUUUCUUUUGUUAAUUUGUUUUUUAGUCAUGACUAUUUUGUUUUUUAAACAGCAAUUAUUUGUGUUGGUUGUUGAUGAAGUCUAAAUUGUACAUAAGAAAAUCGCUCACUAUCAUAAUACUCGCAUAUAUCAAACAGGCUGUUUUUUUUUUGUUUUGCUUUGGCAUCAUAUUUUUAGUUGUAUUUUUAGAUUUAUAUUAAAAAUUCUUGAAGGAACGUGGAUUAAGCAUUUCUUUGUAACGUCAUACAUUCGUGGUUAAUGUGCAUAACUGUUAACUGCACUGAAGCAUUUAUAAAUAGGGCACCGAAAAUAUUUACACCGACAGUUCCGACUAUCCAGUUUCUUCAUUAGUUUUUUUUUUUGCAUAAUAAUUAGGUUAAAUUUGUCAUGAUAUUUCGAGUAAUAACCUAGUGGGCAAUCAUUAUAUUUUUUAGGAUAUGUAAUAGUGUAUGUCCUAUUGCUAAUUUUAUGAUAUACUUAAUCAGUCAGCUGUAUUUAUCGCGUUUUUUUUUUUUUUGAGAACUAAGAACCUUAAUUUUAUGACUUUUUGUUUUAUAGUUUUAUUAUAAUAGUUGAAGAUUUUUCCCCACAAAAUGUAGGACCUAGCAAGGAGUUCUCUAGAAUAACAUAUUAGGUGUGUUCAUAAUUUUUUUAACUAAUGACACCAAACAAUAUUGUGCAAUUUCGGCGAUUACGACACUCCGGCAGUCAUUAGCUAAAAAAUACUAUAAAAUUGUGAUAAUGAGUGGUUUUUUCAAAUACGUUGCUCAACUCCUUGCAUUUACUUAUUCGUUUAUAUAUAAAAUCAUAUAAUAUAAGUUAGUUGUAAAUGUGUGUUGUGGAAGUGUGGUCAGGACUGCUAUAUGUCUUCCAAUGACACUAAAAAAAACAAUAAAAUACUAAAACCGCACAAA